AUGUUUUUCAAAAAAGUAUUAUCUUUUAGUAAUUCUUUGAAUAAAUAUGAGGGAAUUAAUAUUCCAGAAAGAACAUAUAACGAAGAAAUGAAUAAUGGUAAAUUUAGGUUAUUAGGUUUAUAUGGGAGUAAUUCUAUAAAUUGGUUAAUUACUGAUUUGGGUGCUAUGAUUAGUGGAGUUACUACUUUAGUGAUGCAUUCAAAUUUUAGUAUAGAUGUAAUUGUAAAUAUAUUAAAUGAAACGAAAUUAGAAGGGCUAUGUUUAGAUUUCGAUUUGGUUGAAGUUUUUUUGAGACGUAUAAAUGAAUUGCCGUACUUGAAAAAUCUUAUAAUUUUAGAUACUGUAGCUAAACACGGUAUAAUAAUUUCAAAUAAUGAAAAAGAAAUAAAAAAUUCUAAUUUAAAAUGCAAUUGA